GCGCGCUCGCUCGGGGUCUGGCCUCCGCCCCACUUGGCCCGGAUGGGGGCGACGAUGCUGGCCCGCCUGCUCCGCAGUCUCAUGGACUCCCAGCCCGUGGCCCGCUUCCAGCGCCGCUGCGGGCUCUUCCCGGCCGAGGACGAGGAGGGAGCCGGAGGAGGAGUAGCCAACGGCGGGCAGCCUUCGCCUCGGCCUCGGCCCGCCUGCAAUGGGAUCGGCCCCGCCGAGGAGAGCCGCGACGCCGCCCCCAGCAAAGCCCGCAAUGGCUCCAGGCAGGACAUGCCGCAGGACUAUGUUGUCAAGAAUUAUUUCUACUAUUACCUGUUCAGGAUAUCAUCUGCAAUGGGCCAAGAAGUUUUCUACAUUACAUUCCUUCCAUUCAGUUACUGGAGCAUUAACCAAUACAUUGCCAGAAGGCUGAUUAUCAUGUGGCCUGUGAUCAUGUAUAUCGGCCAAGUCUCGAAGGAUCUCCUGAAGUGGCCUCGUCCUUGUUCACCACCAGUUAUCAAGCUAGAAGAAAGGACAACCGCUGAAUAUGGAAUGCCAUCUACUCAUGCAAUGGCAGCAACAGCCAUCUCUUUCACUUUUGUUCUUGCAUCCACAAACCAAUAUAAGUUUCCCUUGAUGCUGGGACUGAUGGGGGCCUUUUUCUUUUCAACUCUGGUAUGCCUCAGCAGAAUUUACACAGGAAUGCACACCGUGCUGGAUGUGAUGGUUGGCAGUCUGGUCUCAGUGCUAUUAACUGUCCUUGUGUAUCCUGUUUGGGACGUCAUUGAUCACCUGAUGGUAACCAGCCCCUUGUGCCCUGUCUUCUGCAUUGUUGUGCCUCUCUUCUUGUGCUACAACUAUCCUAAACUAGACUACUACAGCCCUACUAGAGCAGACACCACCACAAUUCUGGGAGCUGGAGCUGGAGCUGUUAUAGGAUUUUGGAUAAACCACCAAUACGUCUCAAAUUCUUUGACUGAAGCUGUUUCACACAGUGUUCCUUUUUUCACCAAUGAGAUGCUCCUGACAGCACUUGCAAAGUUUUUGGUGGGGAUAGGCAUGGUGCUGGUCACACGGCAGAUCAUUAAAAAUGUGGCUCUGAAGUCAUUGUGUUUGUGGUAUGAAGUGUCUAUGGAGGAUUGUGGAGCUAAGCAGCAAGUAAACAUAGAAGUGCCUUACAAAUAUAUAACAUAUUCCUCCAUUGGCCUAAGUGCUACAGUGCUUGUACCACUACUGCACAGAUUUUUAGGCUUAUAUUGAAUGCUGUGCAUUUUAUUAAGAAAAUAGUUCAGAUCAUGGAAUGCAAUGACAAAAAGUGUAUAAGGAAGAAUACAGAUUUCAACAGAGAAGUGUGCAGCCUUUUUGUAUAGCUCUAAAGCAGUGGUUCCCAACCUAUGGUCUGUGGACAACCAGUAGUCUGCAAGAAUGAAAAUAUGGUCCACGGCCUUACCAUUACUAUACCCUUGCCUUGAAAUCACACAGCAAAGGGAGUGACUGGUCUUGCAAAACCCUCUUAUACUACAGAGGCAAUGGAGAUGUCAGGAGGGGAGAGGCUGACUACCCAUGAAAGAUUACAACUACCACAUCAGCUCUAAAUUACUGAAUAUGGUUUUCUGUGGGUGAACAGAUGGCGAUUACUGGGUGGCACAUGUUCUUUAUCAGAAACUAGAGCUGAUGUGGUGUAUCCAAUGCAAUUUUCUGAAUCAGCACCCCAAAUAACCAAACCAAAUCUAAAGUUGACUAAAAAUUGAUUUGUGACCCUUUUGGUACUAAUGUUGGAGUGUGGUCUCUGGUCAAAAAAAAGGUUGGGAACCACAGCUCUAAAGCUUAGGCAAUACUAAAUCAGAAAGGCCAUUCUUGGUGGUCUACCAUUCUGUGUGGAGAUCAUUAGUAGCCUCUGCCUUCCUUCUUAGCUCUUGUGGUUUGAUGAGCUUCCUAAACAUAAGAAUCAAACUUUUCAUCUUGUAGUAUUAGAAGAUGAGGUAUUAAAGGGGAGCUGGCUUUGACUGCCAUUCCACAUGAGUCUUAAGUUCUGAGUUCUUCUCCUUUACCAGUUGAACUCUGGUUGUAUCAGGGCCAGUCUUGUUUGUUCUUGGUUGAAUACAGCAGGCAUACAGUCCAGCUGUUCUCCAAGAAUUUGCUAUGGUGUGGUUGGUAGGAAGGCAUGCAUGGGACCCACUUUACAAUAUCACAAGUCCAGAAACAGACCCUAUCUCCAGUGACAACUGAGCAGUAUUCCUUCAUAGAGUCCAAGGGCACUCUGUAGGGGAACAUAUUGAUAUAAGUAGUGUUAUUAUUUGUGUGGCGAAGAGAUAUUAACAGUUGCACCUGUAUUCAACAAGAAGCUUCUUUGACAUUGCCAUGUAAUGGUGCCUAAUGCUCAUUGUG